AGCGGGAAAUGUAAACCCGCGGUACACAGAGAGAGAUGCUAAACAGGGCAACAACAACACCAAAACGAAAGUCGGUUUCUGAUCCGUUGUCUUGUAUGUUGUAAAAUGAGUUCCAAGAAUACAAAAGGUUUCCUGGCAAUUGAUGUGUGUGCACAUUGCAAAAAACCAGCCUCAACAAAAUGUGGGGAUUGUCGUAUUUCGAGUUAUUGUUCUCAACGCUGUCAGAAAUUUGAUCGUAAACAACAUUGCUUUUUUAUGCAAUGCUUAAAGGACAACAAGACUGAAAUGAAAGGAGAAAAUAAAAUUAUGUUUGAGGAGUUUUUGGAAGCUCAAGCUUUGCUUAGCUAUGCUUUUUUCGGAACAGGAAUUGACUUUGGCAUUAAUGACCUCUGUGUCAAAGAAUAUAUUCAGAGAGAAACCAAACUUCUGAUACCUGAAAAUUGUGCAAUUGAUAUUGAAAUUACUCAUAAAGUUGCUUUGGAGACAAAACUGUUUGCAACAUACAGAGGGAAUUUUUUACUAUCAAAAUACAUGUUUUGGCUUACUCAGGGAUACAUUGGAAGGCCAUUUUCCAAUGCAAGAUCCUGUUCUUAUCAGUACAGGUGAACAAACAGCAAAAUUUACACCAAAAUUUUUAUUAAAAAAGCUUGCAGAUGCUGCUGUUAUUGAAGAUGCUGACGAUAUCCAAAGCUUUGAAAACGACACCAAAAAACCAAUUUUAGCAUGUGCUGAACAUAAAGAAAUCGAAGAAAUUUAUUUAUAUCAAAUGAGAAAUGGAAAAUUGAUUUCAAUUGCAUGUAGAAUGUCUUUGAAAUUGACCAAUGAAAAAAAUCAACUUUGGAUAUUUUGUUUCAUCCUGUUAUGUUAUGUUUAAGUUUAAACUAUAUUAUGUAAUUAUGAAAUGAAUUACUAUUUUUGUACCUAAAAGCUUUAGAACUUAGAAUCACAUUUUAUUUUCUUGCCUUAACUCUCAGCACAUUCCUUGAAUCUUCUAUUUUUCAGGCUCUUGUCUUUAUUCUCAGUGGGGACAAAAACAUCUUGACUGUCCAAUAACUGUUUGGUUAACAUGAAAUCCAAAUGAAAAAUUUAUGCUCAACUUGGAAUAAGGAAAAAACAUCAUUACUGUUGACACAAUUUCAUUUCACUGCAUUCAAAUUGUGCAAACCAUGCUUUAAAAAGAGCUUUGCUGAUUUGUUGAUAUGGAUAAUCAAACUGUCCCUAGUGAUGGAUGUAACUGGUUGCUUGCUGAAGCUUCAGACACAAUAGUCCAGAAUACCCUGGAGUCCCUAAAUGUUAUGGAAAACGAUGCCAAAGAGAAAAUUGAGACCGAACUCUCCACCUUUCGUGACCGACUCUACUAUAUUUUUCAUGAGCAGAGAUUAAAUUGUGAAUAUCUGCUUGGAAUAAAUGCAGAAGAGGAGGAGGGAAUACAAUGCCAAAAUGAGGAGAUGUUCUCCAGUGAAUAUUUUUCGCAAGACCAGUGCAGCUACAAUUUGUAUCAAACGCAGCUGAAUGAGAAUGGUUCCGAUAGUUCUGUGCGACUUUGCGAUGCUGAUAAUACGUCUGACCGCUCCAUGACGAGUGCUGAUGGUAUACAUGGAAAAGAAGAUCGGAUAAACGAGUAUAUUUUAAGAAUGACAACAGCAACGAUGAAAAUGAACUUUAUUCUUCAUAACUUUCAACGUUUACGCAAGGCGUCAAAGAAAUCCAACUAAAAAAUACUUUUGGAAUAUAAAUAUCAAUGAGCACCCUCGUUGAAUAAGCGCCUUCACUUGAUACGGCUCAUUAUUAUUUUUUGUAUAUAUUCUUGUUAUUGUUGAUAUGUAUAUACGUUAUAAUUGGCCAAAAAUUCAGACAUAUUAA